CGUUCCUGUCUGUCUCCCUGCAGACCUCUGUCUCCCAUAUGCCCUACAUCUCCUGAUUUGCUGUGCACUCCAAAGAUUUUACCCCCGGUUUCAUUUGAAACUGCAGCCUGUGGGCACAAUGAAGGAUGCCCAUGGAAGAUGGGUCUCCUAGGAGGGGGCCUGACGUGGAUGGGAUCCGUGGCAGAGCUCUGUCAAGGAGCUGUUGACCAUGUUGGGCAGCUGCUGUCAGCUGAAAGGGGUUCCCUCUCUCUCGUUAAAAAAGACUGUGACGAAAAGAGCAGCUUGGAAGAAGUGGUCGCUUUAACAUCAUUUGGGGGCUGCAGUGAGCACAGCCUGCACUGCCAUGCACAUCAGGAGCUGCUUAAGAGUAUUAUGGAAUGCGUCUUGGCAAGGGAGGCACCAAUGAACCUGAGAAAUGCAUCUGAGGACUUUAGGUUCAACAUGGUUAACAACCAGCCAUCAAACAUCAAGACAGUCUUAAGUGUUCCCAUCAAGAACCACAGGAGAGAGGUGAUUGGUGUGGUGGUUAUGACCAAUAAAAGAAGCAUCCGUGAUGGGUCGCUUUCUGCCUUCACCAGCUUGGACGAAAAGGUGUUGUCCAAUCACAUGGAUGUGCUGGGAAUGGUUCUGGAUAACAUCCAGCUGUAUGAGAGUUCAAGACAAGAAGCAAAACGCAGUCAUGCUUUGAUCAAGAUGGCUCAGGUGUUAUCAAGGGAACACCAUUCUUUUGAAGUUCUGCUGAGUAAGAUGGCUGCCACCAUCAUGCCCUCCACAGGUGCUCAGUACUGCACCAUCUUCAUCCCUGCAGAUCAAACGUCAGUCAUUGAUAAUAAGGUUACAUUUUCGCGUGUUAUACACUUGGAGUGUGAGGAGCUUGGAGCAACUUGUCAGAUCUAUAGAAGGUAUUUUCAUUUUUCGUUCCUUUUUUUAUUUAGGAUCCUCAUCAGUAUUUCACCUAUUUACUGUUGUUUUUCUUUUUACACAAUUCUGGAAAUGUUCCUCUUUUUUAGGGAGCGCGACAUCAGUGAUAUUGACCCAUCAUAUGCAUGUCAAACACUGAAGACUAUGAAGACGCUAAAUAUGGCAAAAUGUUCCGAAGAAUCGGUGAGAAGCAUUAUCUGCUGCCCUGUUAGAAAUGAGAGAUCGGAAAAUGUUAUUGCUGUGUGCCAGCUGAUGAACAAGCAGAGCAAAGACUCUGAUGACUUGGAAGCUUUCAACAGAUAUGAUGAGUGCCUCCUGGAAGACCUGGCCGUCUACUGUGGCUUGGCCUUACAAUAUUCUGAGGCCGUCCAUAUCACAGAGGUGCGACGAGCUAGCGUAAAGGUCACACAAGAGGUUCUGGCCUACCACAUCACUGCAGCAGAGCAGGAAAUUCAGGCACUGCAGGAAGCCACCAUCCCAUCUGCUGAGUCUCUAAAUAUUAUAGACUUCAAUUUCUCGGAUUUUGGUUUGCCAGAAGACAUGACCACUCAAGCCACCAUUCGCAUGUUUCUGGACCUUAAAUUGGUGCAAGAAUUUAACAUUGAUUACAAGAGCCUGUGUCAGUGGGUUUUGACUGUGAGACGUGGCUACAGGAACAACGUACCAUAUCACAACUGGAGCCAUGCAUUGUGCACUGCUCAGAGCAUGUUUGCUAUGCUAAUGUCGACAGACCAGCUUCAUAACAUUUUUUCCCGUUUGGAGAUUUUGGCGUUGAUGAUAGCCACCCUUAACCAUGAUAUUGACCACAGAGGAGUAAAUAACUCCUAUAUAGAAAGGACUAAGCAGCCAUUAGCUCAGUUGUAUGGACACUCCUCCCUGGAGAACCAUCAUUAUAACCUCUGCCUCUUCAUUCUGAACAAUACUGGAAGUCAGAUACUCCGAAGUUUGUCAUCAGAAGAUCACAGGAACGUGCUUCACAUGGUCAAAAGGGCAAUCCUUGCCACCGACCUGAACGUCUACAUGCAAAGAAGGAAAGAGUUCUUUUCCCUUGUUGAGAAAAACAGGAUGAAAUGGAAAUGUGAGAAGCAAAAAGAUUUGCUAAGGUCAAUGCUGAUGACAGCUAGUGAUCUUUCUGCUAUCGCAAAGCCUUGGCCUGAACAGAAAAGGAUUGCCAACCUGGUGGCCAUGGAGUUCUUUGCCCAAGGGGACAAAGAGAGAGAAGAGUUCAAAAUCAGACCCAUUGACAUAAUGAACAGAGAAAACAGCACACGCCUGCCACACAUGCAAGUAGAGUACAUCGAUGAGAUCUGCUACCCGCUCUACAAGGCUGUGUCCCAACUGUUUGACGCCUGCUCUCCUCUGAGAGAUGGAUGUGUGAAGAACAGAGAAAAUUGGCUGCACUUUGCUGAGGACACUGAGGAAGAAGAGCAUGGCAAAAACGUUUGAAAGAAAUCUAAGAGAUGAAAAUGUGAUGUUUAAAAGAUUCCAAAAAAUUCUUACAGCAAGCAGCUGCUUGCUGUUUUUUUUGACCCGUAAUGCCUAAAAACUUAGAUGGAGCCCAUCAACGGUUGAGAAACGUGUCAUCUAAUGCUGCAGUAUGUGCCACAUGGUAAUACAUAAAACAAAUUUAGAAAAUUCAUUAUGCUGCAGUUGUCAUGGUGCCUCUGUCAGACUCCUCCCCCCUCUCCUCUCCGCUUGGUUCCUGAUUAUCCCCAGCUG